CGUCUUCGUCCUCCCGCCGCUGAGAGCUCACUCACCUCUCCAAUACGCCCAACCCCCACAAAACCCUAGCCCUCGAAUCCCAAAUCCCCGACCCCGCGCCAUGGACGACGACGCUGGCGACGGCGCCGCUAGCGGCGGGACAAAGAGGAAGGUCACUGCGGCGUCGUCGUCGGCGGCGGCGAAGGGGAAGGCGGCGGGGAAAGGGAAGGCCGCCUCUAAGGCGUCGGCGUUGGCCACGGCCAAGGAGAGCAGCCUCCUCAAGCAGAAGUCGCCUGCUGAAUUCUUCGCGGAGAACAAGAACAUCGCGGGGUUUGACAAUCCUGGAAAGUCACUGUACACAACGAUGCGGGAGUUAGUUGAGAAUGCCCUUGAUUCAGCCGAGUCCAUCUCUGAGCUCCCUGACAUAGAAAUUAUAAUAGAAGAGAUCACGAAGAGCAAGUUCAACACAAUGAUAGGGCUAGUUGAUCGACAGCGUAUUGAUGAAGAGCUCUAUGAUGACUUUGAAUCGGCUAAGGCUCGUGAGAAACGCCUUGCCAAAGAAGCACGCUUCCAAGAAACACAAGCCAAAAAUGCUGCUCUUGGGAAGAAGGUUAAGGAGGCUCCAGCUGCUCGAGGGAAAGGUCGGGGUGAGGCUGCAUUUUUUAGGGUGACUUGCAAGGAUAAUGGUCGAGGUAUGCCACAUGAUGAUAUCCCAAAUAUGCUUGGUAGAGUGUUAUCGGGCACAAAGUAUGGUUUGAGGCAAACACGUGGAAAAUUUGGUCUUGGUGCUAAAAUGGCACUUAUAUGGUCAAAGAUGAGCACAGGCCUUCCUAUUGAGAUUAAGUCAUCAAUGAAAGGCCAGAAUUUUAUUUCAUUUUGUCUUCUUGAUAUCGAUAUUCAUAAGAAUGUCCCUCAUGUUCAUUUACAUGAGAAAAGGGAGAAUAAAGAUCGCUGGCAUGGGGCGGAGCUUCAAGUUAUAAUUGAGGGGAAUUGGACAACUCAUCGUUCAAAGAUACUACAUUACAUGCGUCAGAUGGCUGUCAUCACACCAUACGCUCAAUUCCUUUUUAGAUUUCUCUCAGACUCACCCGACAAAAAUUUGACAAUACAGUUUGCACGGAGGACAGAUGUUAUGCCUCCUAUUCCUCUUCAAACUAAGCAUCAUCCUUCUGCUGUUGAUUUACUGCUGAUAAAGCGCUUAAUAUCAGAGACUACAAAGCAAAACCUUUUGCAGUUCCUCCAACAUGAGUUUGUGAAUAUUAGCAAAUCUCAUGCUGAACGUUUGAUCGGGGAGAUGGGGCCUGAUUUCAGUGCAAAAACGACAGUUAAGAGUCUUACAUCACAGCAAUUAGUUCGGAUACAUCAGUUAUUUCGGCAGGCAAAAUUUGAUGAUCCCAGUGGCAAUUGUCUUAGUCCUGCAGGUGAAUACAAUUUACGUCUAGGUAUCAUAAAAGAGCUGCACCCUGAUCUAGUUGCUACGCAUGCAAGCAGCCCACAGGUUUUUGAAGGUCAUCCAUUCAUCGUUGAAGCUGGAAUAAGUAUUGGUGGAAAAGAUGUUAAACAUGGUCUAAACAUUUUUAGAUAUGCGAACCGAAUCCCACUUCUCUUUGAACAAGGUGCUGAUGUCAUCACAAGAACUGCUUUAAAAAGAAUCAAUUGGAGCAGCUACAAAAUAAAUCAACAGCAGGACAAGAUUGGUGUCUUUGUUAGCAUUGUAAGUACAAAGAUACCUUUUAAAGGAACUGGAAAAGAGUACAUUGGGGAUGACAUAACCGAAAUAGCAUCUGCUGUUCAGUCAGCCCUUAAGCAGUGUUGUCUUCAACUGAAGUCAAAGAUAGUAAAGAAACUACAGGCUCGUGAACGGCAGGACAGGAAAAGGAACCUAAACAGAUACAUUCCUGAUGUUGCGAGGGCAAUUAUGGAGACUCUGGGAGAAAUUGCAGAUGAGUCUCCCCCAAAGAGGCCACGUUAUGAUAAGGAAGAUGAGGAACUCCUUGAGAAAGUAAACUCUGAGGAGGUGACAGAGAUGACCUUUAGGGAUUGCUUAACACAACAUGUUGAACAGGUUGAUUAUGAAAUGGCAUUGGAGUACGCCAUGCAGAGUGGAGUAAGCGAGGAACCUCGUGAAGCAUUAUAUUUAAACUCCCUUGAAGGAUCUUACAAGUUUAUCGAUUUCCAGAGCCCUGUUUUUGUGUUCAGAUUUAUUCCUUGAGAGUGCAACUUGCAUGUCCAUCUGUUGCUAGGUUGAUUAAUAUUUACUUCCCAUAAUCCCAUUGUACUGCGGAUGUUUUAUGAACCUUUUGCCGAUUCAGCAGUCAUGACCGCAAGUUUGUAACUUACACAUUAUAGAUUUUUAGAGUAGUUUAGGUCCAUGAUAUGUUUGUUGCAUUCAUGGAGAUUUUUAUUUUUCAAUUUUUCUUUAACAUAUGGGAGUUCACUUCUACCCAUUCAAUUUUAGGAAUAGGAAACAUUAGAGAGUGUGUUUGCUGGUAUGAUUAUAAGUUAUACUACAUAAUUAUGUGUUAAAUUGAUUUAGAUCCAAGAUAUGCUUGCAUACUGCGUUAUUCGAGAA